AUGCGCAACCGACGUCUAGCUCCAGAUAACGUUGUUAGCAAGGGAAGUCUGUUCAUUUCCGGCAUGGGAAGAGUUUUGUCAAUGACUCCCGUCAUGAUCGAAACGAUCAUGUUCCUCAAGACUAACCGAUUGUUCUGGAAUUCAAAGCUUGACGCCAGUGCCACCAGAGAGGCACACACUGAUGAGCGCGGAUAG